UAACGAGUAAUAAAUUUAUUAAAUGGAACUAAAGGAUAAUUGCACGAUUUGCAUGAUGGACAUGCGCAGAAAAUCAGUCGUGCGUUUGCUUCCAUGUGGACAUUUAUUGCACGCAAAAUGUAGUGGACCUGUCAUUGUAGAAGAGAAGUGUCCAAUAUGUCGAGGAAAUAUUGAAGGAAAUAUAACAACGAGGACAGAUUGCGGAUUGUUGAGGCCGCUAAUAAGGGAGAAGACUGGUGCAGUUUAG